AAAUCAGGCAUCACUGGAGGGUUCGCCCCACCUACGCCCAACCACAUCUUCACCGUGACGCGCCCAGAGAACAAAGAAAGCCUAAACAUCACCGCCGCCGUGCGUCCGAAGGGCACCCCCGGCCUGCAGUCCGCGGUUCCAAAGUCGCUCGGCCUCUCUGACGUCGUCGGCGACAGCAAGGCUGAGGCCCUCGUGGAAGAAUUGCACGACAUCCUCAAGAACCUACCAACAGAACAACCGCCCGGUAGUGAAGACAUCUACGGUUUCGACACCAGCAUAGCGUGGGGCAGCGAAGACCUGAUGUGGUGCAACGGUAGUCCGCAGGGGUGUGGAGGAGGCCAGUCCGAGGUGCAAGUCACGGAGGAACAGAAGGCGAGUUUCAGACGUGCGGUCGACAUCGUCAACGAGCUCGUAAACAAAGCCCAGUGA